AUGGUUUCAAUCCCAGGGACUAACACUACAGACAACCUCAGCCUUCCAACUACAGACGACAGUGAUUCAGCUCCACUCCAAACCACCGCUGUUAAAGUCUGUGUGACCUGCCUGCUCCUGCCCAUCCCUAUCUUUGCCAUCUUGGGGAAUCUUUUCAUCAUGGUUGCAGUGGCACGUUUCCAAAGCCUCCAAACUGCCACCAAUGCUUUUGUUGUGUCCUUAGCAGUGGCAGACUUUCUGGUUGCUGUGCUGGUGAUGCCUUUCAGCCUGGUUCGUUCUGUCGACAGCUGGCACUUCGGACACUGCUUCUGCCAAGUCCAUUUUAUGCUGGAUAUUACUCUGUGUACAUCAUCCAUUUUUAAUCUCAGUUGCGUGGCACUGGACCGGUACAUAGCAGUGUGUGACCCGCUGCACUACCUGACUCGAAUGCCUCCCAGACGUGUGGUCUUGUUGCUGGUUCUCUGCUGGAUUCUGCCCCUCAUCUUGUCCUGUCUUUGUGUGUUCCUGGGCAUGUACAAUCAAACACCCCCUGCUGCGUUAAAGAAUAACACAAAGGAGGAUGCACAGACCUGUCAAGCCUUAUUUUAUGUCCCUUAUGCCUUUGUGUCCUCUGCUGUGUCAUUUUUCAUCCCCAUGGGUUUCAUCCUCUUUGCCUAUGGGAAGAUUUUCAUGGCUGCCCAGAGACAAGUGAAGUGGAUCCUUGCCAUUGAGCACCAAACUGUGCAGUAUCAGAUGAACCAGAUGAGAUCUGAAUCCUCCAGAGAAGUCCAGACUCACAUUGAAAGACAUUCUCUGAAGAAGGAAAGGAAGGCUGCUAGGACACUGGGUUUGAUAGUGGGGGUUUUCCUCUUCUGUUGGCUUCCUUUCUUCUGUGUAAACCUGAUCUAUCCUCUGUGUGGCUACAAUGCCAACUCCCUGGUCCUGGAGGCCUUCAUAUGGCUGGGAUACACUAACUCGUCUCUGAACCCUUUCAUCUAUGCUACAUUCAACCGGGAUUAUCGUCGUGCAUUUGUGCUCAUGUUGGGCUGUGCGUCACUGCGAACAUGGUUAAGACCAGGUUUCACAAACUCCCAUUUUCAGCAAACACAACAUGUAGCAAACCUUGAAACCAUUUCAAGAUGA